GCGGGUGCGGGCGCGCUCCCUCCGCCUGAACGCAAACGAGCCCGUCGGUGGUUUUGCAGCUGCGAAAGUCCCUGGUUCCAGUACCUCGCCCCGUCCGCUCGGUGGCGUUGCCAUGAACAAAGGCUUCGCCCGGAAGAGCCACGUGUUCCUGCCAAAGAUUUUUAGGAAAAUGUCUUCCCAGCCCAAAGAGCGUCCUGAGAGCUUGCAGUUCCCCUUUCUGGAUGAUGAUGAAACGAUUACCACAAUCCGGGAAUCAAAAACUUUUUUUGUCCUCCGGGGUCUACCAGGCAGUGGGAAAUCUACCUUGGCCCAGGCCAUCCAAGACAAGUAUAAGGAUGCUUGCAAAGUCAUUUCUGUUGACCACUACAAAAUCCAGCCUGCUGUCAGGAGUGCCAUUCCUGAUGAUUAUAGCAAGGUUGAUGAGGAUCUAGCUGACUAUUGCAAGCGUGACAUCAGUGUGGUAGUCGUAGAUGAUACCCACCACGAACGGGAGCGGCUGGAGCAGCUUUUUGACAUUGCAGACAAAUAUCGCUACAAAGUCAUCAUUGUGGAGCCCAAAACUUCAUGGAAAAUGGAUUGCUUGCAGCUCAAAGAUAAGAACCAGUGGAAACUUUCAGCUGAUGAGCUAAAGAAAUUGAAGCCCAGUUUAGAAAAGGACUUCCUUCCCUUGUAUUAUGGAUGGUUUUUAAGCAAAAGGAGCUCAGAGCACUUGCGGAAGACUGGGCAGGCAUUUUUGGAUGAGCUUGCUAGUAUUAAAGCCUUCAAAAAGGAGUCAAAUAAAUACUUUGGACAGCCCCCUGAAGAACCCAAAAUGAAAAUUGAUCUGACCGGCUACUUUGUGAAAAGGCCCCCAGGGGUCUUGCACUGCACCACUAAAUUCACUGACUUUGGGAAGGCUCCAGGAGCAGAUGAUUAUGCACAGCAAGAGAUUGUGAAGACCUCUUAUGGAAAAUCUUUCUUCCUGACCAUAUCUGCUCUCUUCAUCACCCCAAGAACUGCUGGUGCCCGCGUGGAAAUGAGCGAGCAGCAAAUGCUUCUGUGGCCUGGGGACGUGGAUGUGCUGCAGCCGGCGGUCAGCUUCCCAAAAGGCAGCCGAGCUCACAUCACUCUGGGCUGUGCCAGUGGGGUAGAAGCUGUCCAAACUGGCCUUGACCUCCUUGAAUUUGUGAAACUGGAAAAGGCAGGGAACAAAGGCGAGGAGGUUGGGGAGAUUGGCGGUGGGAAACUUGUGUCCUUCGGGAAUGGGAUGUGGAUGCUUUUGCUUUCAAAAAAGAUUGAGGUGAGGGCCGUCUUUGGUGGCUAUUAUGGAAAGGGAAAACUGGUGCCAACUCAAGGAGGUAGCAAACGGGGAUCACCCUUUAAUUCCUGUAUCAUCAUCUAAGGGCUCUAAUGGCCACUGCUGCCUUGUUUUCAUACGAUAUAAUGUGUAACCUUUUAUAAGACCUUCCCCAUCACAACACACGAUAGCACCCUACAACUAAAGCCACAUCUUAAUUCUAGUGACGUCCUUUUUUAGAGGAAUAUUUGUUGACCUUCAGAGGCCUGGAUUCCUCUAAUGGAAAACAUUAGCACUUUUUAUACCUUUAAAAUUAAUACAACUGAAUACUUGGAUAUUCCAUCCUUUUGAGGCUUCCUUUUUUUUUUUUAAUAUAGAAAAAUAGCCUUUCCAAGUUUGCCAGAACUGGGGCUGUUCCUGUGCUAUAAAUCUACUUGGUCCCUUACAGCAAUGUUAGUGUUAGAGCACGUGGGGGAAGCUGAUGGAUUGUACCACGGCAGAGCACAGGGAGAGCACAAGGGGUGAAUAGAGUGUUUUUCCAGUGAUCCGUCACAUAAAAACUCCCUGACAGUAGGAAACUAAUAUUGUAGGUAACCAUAAAGAUAGAAUUUUAUAGCUUUCUAUUUUCAGCAAAGGUAUGGGGGAGGGGAAGUAUUUAAAAGUUCAUGACCCAUCUUUUACAUCCUCACACAAUCCUAACCUUUCAUUUGAAUCCAAAUUCAGGAUAGACUUAGAAAGUUUGGAUCAGUCACCCCUCUGCCCAUAUUCUGAAAACACCUUAGCAAAGUUAAGUGAACAUUACACUUAAAAUGCCCAGAUUCACUUCCCAAGUUAUCCACAGAGUAACUGGGUGGCUUCAAGGAAUCUCUCCUUAGUUGAGAUUCAAAAUCAAGCAUUGCCAUCUCUGUUCAGCUAAACUUUUGAGCUUGAGGUAAAGAGGAAAGAGAUGUUACCUUUCUGGUCUGCAGUUGAAUCUUCAACAAGAUGAUGUACUUCUAAAAUAAAGUAUAAUGCCUCCCUGUUUGGGUUGGACAUAGCAAGGUCUUGCUAAUAUUUCUUCUGUCCAAGCAAGUAGCAGGUACCUUUUCCUAGAUUUUUUUUUUUAAUAGGAGGGAUAAAGCCUCCCCCAGCAAUUUUCUGAGCUUUUGAAACAGUUGCUAAGCAUCAGUAGAAGGCUUCAUUCCAAACCUUUAAUGAAAAGCAGAUCUUGUUAACAUGCAACUCAGACUCUUAGCUUUUCACAAUGUCUUAGUCUUGUGCCAGUCUGUGACAUUGUUAUUGUAUGGAUUAGAUGUCACUGAAAGCUGGCACAUCUGAUACUGUUGCCCGCAGCCCCUUCAACAUUACCUCUUGUACAAACUUGCAAGGGAUUUAUGAUCUUGCUUAUGUGUUAUCAUAGUUCCGAAGCAUGGGCUUCUACUAACAGGGAUUUAAAACUAGAGAGAAGGAAUCUGCCUUACAGUUCCUUGGUUUGUUGUCCAUCCUGUCCUGUAUUGUCUAAAAUGACAGGCAGUAAAUUUUUAGUAGAGAUCUUUUGUUUUCUGAUUGUUUAAGAUGCCAAGAAACUGAAUUUCAGCCAUUGUCCAUGAAACUCAUGUACUAAGACUGCUCUGUCCCUUCAGUACAAUUUUUUUUUCAACAAGGAUAUUUGAACUGGUGGAUAAUCCAACAGCAAAAUUAGUUGAAUUGACUGGAUCUUAAACUGCUGCAAUUGGUCUAAAUUAUGAGAGCUGCCUUAAGUACUGUAUCUGAGAAAAGUAUCUCACCAUCUGUGUAAAAAGGGAGGAUGUAUCUGUUUUUUAAUUGAUGGAUGCAGCCAGAUAGCCGAGCAUGGAUAGGAAAUCCAUCAGAGCUUCAAAUCUUAUGAAAAAAGGGACAAUGGACUAAAAUACGUAUCAGUGAGCAAGUAUUUCAGACAAUAAUGGUAUAUCUGAAGCUUUGAUAGUUUAGUUAUAGGGCUUUGUUUUCUGAAGAGUACAAUAAAUUCAUAGUGCAAUCCAAAUGCAUAUAAACUGAGAAGUAAAUCCUUCACAGUUCAAAGAGGUAUAUCCUAAGGUAAUAUACAACACCCCCAGCUUAAUGUUCUUUAGAUAUACUGACUCCAACUUUUCUCAACUUUAGCCAGCAUAGUCAUUGGACCUAGCACUUGAAACUACUCAACGUUUGGAAAUACACUUCAAGGAAGAAAUUAACAUUUUAAAACCUGUGUUCUUAAAUACACACCAAAAAAAACCCCUCAUGACUUCUUCAGUUAAACAAAGAAAAUGAAUUUAUAAGUGCUUUUUUGAUUUUAUAACAUACUUAUACAUAGAAUGGCAUGAGCUAAACAGCCUGUAAAAAUAAGGGGCAAGCCAAACUUGCUUUUAUCUCAACUGAACCAUAUCAUAUAUUGAAUGGUAUAUAUUUUGUGUACACAAUUAAGUUCCCUCAAGUAAUUUAGUGUAAGUCUAGUUGAAUACAUGGCCCGCUUGCUUUCUUCCACAGCAGCAUCUGUAUCAACAGUAUGUCAACAACCAAAAUGUUAUCUAGAUUAUAGCUGUCUUUCACACUACUUAUUGCAAGCUGGGCAAUACACACGUGAACCAACCCCCACUUUUGAGUUGGUUUAUUCAUAACAUGAAAAUUAGUCCUCCCUUCAGCUCUAAGUAAUACACAGGAUUACUUGAGGAUUAGCCUCAUUGAAUUGUGGGAAAAGAUCUCCAAGACCAGCCUUUGCAAAACGGAUGCCCUUCAAUUAGGUUGAGUAACAAUUUCCUCCAUUCAUUACGAGCAUUAUCUUUGCUGUGAACCUUAGGCCAUGCUAAUUGGGGACUAAAGGAAGUCAAAUCCCAAUACAUGACAAGAACAUUAGACUGGGGCAGAUUUUUUUUUACCAUCAAUGUGAAUACAGUGACAAUAAUAGUUGUCCUCCUAUGUAAUUCCUGGUUGUUUUAUGAGAAUAUGCUCUUGAUCAACAAGAUUAAAUGGGAGCUAGUUAAUCUGUUAGACAUACAAUAAAAUCUUUGAAAUAAGUUACAAAACAGAUGUCACUUGAAACUUAGAAUUGUAGUCAUCCAGUAUUUAAAGGAAGAUAGGUGGAUGUUUGGGUCAUUUACUUUUCUUGAACGCUUAGCUAUACAAGAAAAAGCUGGUUGUGCUAAAGAUGUUGCUCAGGAAACAUAUAAUGUAACUUGCAUGUGCAAAAUAUUUGUGUCAGUUCUUAAAUACUUGUCUAAAGUUCAAAUUUCUGUUAAUACAACUCAAAUAUGGUCAAAGCUUUUUUAAAACACAUAAAGAAGUAGCACAUAUCUAUGGUUUUGAUUGAUGUAACUUAAAACAAUUAACUCUCAUUCAGGUUUACAUAGCAGUUAGAUUCAUAGCAACUGUAAAGUACACUGAAAUAAAUGUAUUAACAUGCAGAAAAUGUUUGUGUUGAUACUUACAUUAGGCUGAUUGAUAUGGAACCCUUUACUCAAGCCAUUGCUAAACUGAAGUUUCAGAUUAUAUGCAGAGAAGAGAUUGAGCUUUGUUUGAUAGGUCUAUAGCUGAAGACUAAAAUUAGGCACAGAUGUUAACUGGUUUAUCACCAGUCAUUUCUUCUUGUGAAAGAUGUUCAUGUGUGCUGCUUUGGAGGCCUCCAAAAUAAAGCAGCCAUGCACGGGGAGAGAGCCAGGGCACUUCUAAAGCAGCUGUAUGAGCCUAGAAAAAGGCAUGGUUACUUUAAAGAUUCAAAGAGAGAUGAUUCAAAUGCAAACUUGGGUGUUGUGAAGCACCUCUUUAAAAGAAAUUGAACAGCCCUAGUACAUGCCUUCCCCAUAAUCAAAAACCCUGUCUAGGUCUCUUCUGAGUUUUAACAUUGGUGGUCUCCCUGUCUACCUCUUGCCAUCAAAAAAUAAAACUAGCUGCACAACUCAUACAAUUUUAACACUGACCACCACAGAUUUGAGAUUUCCCCCCAAAUUAUUCAGUCCAGCACCGUAUCACCACACUCACAGCCUCAGCAGUGUCUACUCAGUUUAAAGAGGCAUAAGUCACCAGCGAGAUCUGGAGUGUUUAUUUUUUUUUUUGUACAUCAUAUACAUUUUAUAAUAAAGUUAAUAUCAAUUGCAUAUGGUUUUUGCUUCAGUCUGGUUUGAAAUUCUGCAUAUAAACACAUUAUGAAUCCUGUUUAAUGAACAGUCACCACUUUUUCUUCUUUAAAUAAUCUUCAUCUCAGAUAAGUGAAAGGGUUCAAGUAGGGCAAUGUGGCUAUCCAUGUGUCUGAAGCUAUCCACGGGAGAGAAAGGGAUGGGAUGCUGUUUUAAAAACAGAUCAUGCAACAAAUGUAUUAUUAAUAGGAAGUCUAGGUCCUCACACGGAGGUCAGAAUGUAUAUUAACUAUUCUUAGCCAAACAGCCUUUCUCCAAAUGGCUUGAACAUUGAUCUACCUGUCCUCUGCUCAGGUAUUCCUUGUAAGUGUAUCUGUACAGCAAAGAGGGCACAAUGCAUGCAAAAACAGCUGAUCAAGAAGUGUACAGGGAAAGAAAAUAGGCAAAAAUGGCAGGUUUCCCUAAAAUAUGCUGCUGUUAGACCUCCCUCACCAAAGGAAUUGCCCCAUGCAUGACAUGAGAAAGUCUUGGUUCUUUGUCUACACGUAGUGGGAAAAAAUGGUACUCAGUGAUAUUACUUAAAAUUACCAGCACUGUAUGCCUCCCUAUAUAGAACCAUCACAAUCAUCCUGUAAGCUAACUAGCAGUGAAAAGAAUGUUCAAGCCCAUCUCUGUACCUGCUUUUUAUUCUCAGGGAGCUUCCAUAAGGGAGCACUGAAAGUUUCAUUUCACCUGUAAUAUGAUGAUCACUGCAAGAUUCCAACAAUGUAUUUCUCUAUAGGUAUACCCCAAGCCUCAGACAGAUAGAAAUGUAAUCCAUUGGAUAUCAGUAACAUUCUUUUUGGUACCCCUUAAAGAUAGCUUUGCUAAUUAAAAAAACAAAGUCCAAGUGCUAAGAACCGAAUUCAAGUUACAGAAUGGUUAUACCAGGGUGGAGAAUUUCUGAAGGAGAUUGUACAUGGCCUAAUGUAUAAUGCAAAAGUUGGUAUAUCUGAAGAUCCUUAAUGGCUGCAAUGAGAAGAAUUUCAGAUAAUCAAAAACAAAGUAGAAAAGCAAAGUAUUACAGCAUUCAUUACUUUUCAGGUUACAAUCAGUUUUAAGGUCUAGGAAUUUUGUAUCAUUGACUCUUGGAUCUGAAAAAAAAGUUUUUAAAUGCUUGUGAUACGGAGAAAGUAAUUUUCUAAGUUAUCUUUAAUACUACUCCCAGCUGUGUAGAGAUGAUCAGAAAACCAGGCAGCCAUCCACUGAAACUCUUAAUAUUCCUCUAAUCCUCUGUGGAGUUUUUAAAAGGAAAUUAUUGCAAUGAGCCAAAACAUCUUAAAGGGAAAAAUUCACAGGAUGCCAGUGUUGCUCCUUGACGCCUCAGUCUCUGAAGGUAACAUGCUGUUAACUUCUCUCAGCAUAAAGCAAUGAAGAGGGAGGUUGUUGAUUUCAUAGCCUUUUGUGCCAGUUUCUGAACUAUCCUAUUUGUCAUUACCCUUAAAGGAGAAUGGACACAACACAAUUCCACUAAUUAACUCCUCUAAAAUGUAUGCAUUCAACCAAAAAAAUAAAUUCCACCAGCAGAAUUUGACUGUACAAUGAAAUUCUCAAUUAGAGAUAUCUAACAUUUGCUAGGCCAGGAACCGGCAUGCAAUGCUGGCUGAGAUCAAGCUCCUGAAUUUAUUCUGUUCUUCCUUUAGUUUAGCAUUCAGUUCCUGGCCAUCUCCCAAUAGACUAUUUCUGCAUCCACUUUUUGAGUUCCUUAGUUUGAAGCUAUUAAAGGAAUGAAGCCUAAUUUAUGCUAUUCCUUAAGCUUGCUAGGACCCACCAACUGAAUGGCUUGAAAAAUAGAGGAUAAUUCCCAGGACACAAUCUGGGUACCUCUUAAAACAAUGUCUCAUAUUAGAUCAAUACCUGACAUUUCACUGAGCCGAAUUCCAGGCACUGCACAAGAACUGUUUAAAAAUCUUGCAAAUGAUUACAAUUUUUUUGAGGUUUUUUAUCAAUUUUUCCAUUGGUCUCAUGAAUAGAAAGCUGCCAAAACCUGUUCAGAUGUAACACAAACACCACUCUUCUGCUGAACAAUUUCAUUCAUCACAAUAUUGAUCUUCCAGGCUAAUCUUCCCCAAGCUGAUCUCCUCUAGAUGUAUUGAGAUUUCAGCUUCCCUAAUCUCCUAGCCAGUGUGGCCUGGAUUGAGGAAAAGUAAGAGAGACUAAGAGAGGAGGAGUUUGAAAUAACAUAAAAUGGUGAAAACUGCAUGUAAUAUAAAAAUGGUUCAGGGACUGGGAGAUUGUUAGAAGAGAUGACAGUCUACUUAUGAUUUUUACUAUUAUGGAAAAAGGAAUGAGCUAAUUGUCCAAAGCAGAAAUUAUAUUAUGGGUUAAGGGUAGUCAAUAUGGUACAAACAUUGGGCAAAACUUUAAAAAAUGCAUCAAGAACUUCAGCAUGGCUGGCUACCACUAUAGUACUCUUCCCUCAAAUAAUGCUGAAUUUCUUCUUUUAAACAUUCAACACAUUGUUGGUCAAUUCUGAAAAAUCUUCUCAACAUCAAAAAUGCAUUUUGAGAUUCCAAUUAGUUCAAGAGAUUCCAACACUUACAGUGGACUUGUGCAUGCAUGUAAGAACUGUGACAUCACAUGUUGAUGUGCAUGUGUGAAAUAUGCACUGCAGAUCUAACAAGACAUAUAUACACCUUUCAUAACACCUGACAAUCACCUCUGACUUCAUGCACUUUUCAAUGAAAUCAGGUUUACACGUUGAUCUGGAAGCCACCAUCAAAAAGAUAUGUCCAUAUGUCAAAUCAGCCCUUACCAUUUUCCUGAAGUACUCAAGCAACUGGAAACAGAAACUGUUCCUCAAAUGAAAGAGACUCUGGAAAUAUUAAGAGAAAGUGCUGAGAAGAGGCAACUCUUAUUCCAAAGAUGACUCUCUCAGAGAAUAAUGUGGCAAACUUCUUUGCAUUUCUCAAGUGUCUGAAAUGUUUCUGGGAAUAAGGUUCAAUAUGGCUACAGCCAGUACAAUAAAACUAAAGUGAAAAAAUUCAAUUCAGUUUCCCCAUAGUGUGAAACCCCAUAAAGGCAUGGCAUAUCCAGUUGCGCUUGAGAAAAGUCUCAAGGUUAUUUCAGAAGAUAAGGAUUCCCUGAAUGAAGUCCCAGUAGUUUGGGAAUCUUAAAUUAUUUAACGGAGGAAUCAAAAGAUUUCAUUUUUUCUCUC